UAUGUUGGGCAACGAUAACCGGAAAUUCAUCUUGCCACACCUCACACACACCCCUGCUCACGCCGCGCCACACCAAGCCUCACAUUGCUGGGUAUUUAUUGUGGUGAGCUUCUGUUAGCUGGUCAGUUUUAUCUUUGUCUGUUAAUAGAUCUAACGGAGCUUGUGGAUCAAUAGUUCAUCAAUACCAGCAAUAACAAUGUGGGAGCCUGUUGCGUUGUGCUGUUUCACCAGGAGGACGGGAUGCAUUGUGCUGGGGGCGCUGGAACUGAUUGGAGCCAUUCUUGGAUUCAUUGUGUUUACGUUUGCAUUCACACUUGUAGAACACACCAUGACAAACAUAGUGUGCAAAAAUGAGACUCUUUCCAAGCUGGGCACAGAUUGUGAUGGACUAACCAAUGCUGUUUAUGGUGUGAUGGUAUUCUAUAUGAUCUGCGCUUCGAUCCAGGGUUUGUGCGCCGCCAUGAUGGUGUACGGAGUGUUGAAGGACAAACCGACUCUGAUCAUCCCCUUCAUGAUCAAGAACACAAUUGUAAUAGCCUUAAACAUCAUCUUCUGCAGUGCUGUUGUGGCUUUUCUGUGUGUAUUCAACUUCUUUUUGGUGAUCCCCUAUGUUUAUUGUUACGGGGCCAUGAUCUUCAUGUGGACCUACUUCUUGCUAACCGUCAGGGCUUACUAUUAUGAGCUGAAGCAUGGCAAAUCAGUCGACCAUCACAGGUUGACUGAACACUGUCAAGUCGAAAACUGCCACACCGGUAUGUAAGCUGUGAAAACGAUGCAUUCAAAACAGAAUACUUAACUCCAGAAUCACGGGCCGCCGUAGUACAGUAGAACCAUGCGUGCUUUGAGGUCUGAGGGGUCUCCAAGCGCACGGGUUCAAAUGUUGUCCGCGGUCUGAGUGUAGGUUGGGCUUCCUCACUCGGGGCAACGGUUUCCUAGCGGGUGGGCUUUCAGAU